ACAAAAGAAUGAUGAUGAUUGAUAAGAACAGGCACAGUGGCAGUAAUGUAAAUAAAUAGAAAAAAGUAGUGUGUGUGUGAAGUGUGAUUCAUCAUCAUCUUCUUCAUCCGUUGUGUGUCCGUUUCUUGUUCAACUCAGAACUCAGAACUCAUUAGUAAUGGCCACACUUCCCUUCUUCCCUUCCUUAAUUCCUUCUUCUUCUUCUUCUUCUUCUUCUUCUUCUAACAACCUUCACCUACUUCAUCAUUCCUCAACUGCACACUUUCACCUUCACGCUUCUUCUUCUUCUUCGGUUUCUGCUACUACGAACCACAACACUAAAACCACAAGGACUCGCAGGAGAAGUCGGAGGCUCAAAACCGACGCCGAGAUCUGCAACGAUAUCCGAGAGUUCCUCGCCUCCGUUGGCCUUCCGCACCACCAUGUUCCCUCCACCAAGGAGCUACUCCGCCACGGAAGGAACGACCUGGCAAACAUUGUCAGACGGAGGGGACAUAAACAAAUUGAGGAGCUUCUCACGAGUUCAUUCAAUGCCAAUCUUGAUUCUGAAACCUCUUUCGAUGAGAGACCGGAUUCUGCAGAUGAUUGCCGAGGUCUUUUGACAGGUCAGAAUGGGAAUGUGGACAAUUUGGUUGAUGAUGUAACGCCAUCAACUGAAGUUUAUUUCCGGAAUAAUUCUGGUAGUUUGGACAUUGAUUCGACUAAAACUUUAGAUGAAUGUACUUCCACCCCUGUAGGAUCCUCUGCAAAUCCAAUGAUGGAUAAUGGCAUCAGUGAGCUGACAGAUCACAUUGAAGUGGUCGACCCUGUAGAGGAGGGUUAUUUCUACCACACUGAAGUGGCUGUUGCAGAUAAUGAUUUCAGUAGUUCAAGGGAAGGCCUUUCUGCUAACUUCAGUAAUCAAAGUUCCAUCAUGCCUUUAGAAAUUUCUGGUGAACAACCAUUUGGGUCAGAGUAUUCUGAAAAUUCGGAGAGUGAGCAGAGUUUAGUGGGAAAAACAGUUGGAGACACAAACUUACCCUCCCCAGUUCUUUCCAUGGAAAACCAUUACAGUAGUUCAUUUAAUGAUUCCGAGACUGUUGACGCUGAAGAGUACACGUGUGAAUUAGAAGCUUUAGAUGACAGCAAUAACAAUACUGCUGAAGAUGUUCGCUCAUUCUUUGAAGUUUCCACUAUGGAAAACCUAUCUGUUGAGAACCAAGGUGAUUCAGCUCAUUCUGCUGGGAGCAAUUCCAUAAAUGUAGACUCUUUGGCCAACUUGUCUUUGGAGGAAAAGGUUGCAAAUUUUAUUCAGAAUGGAGAUUUAGAUCCAGUUGAAGAUGGGUAUGAUUCCCAGGAAAAUAAAGUGAAUAUUGGAGCAGAAGCUGCUGUUGAUAUGCCCCUAGGUAUCCUUCCACCUGAAGACAAUAAUUCCAUGGCACAUAAUGGGAGCUCAUUGACAUCCCAGCAUGUUGUUCCAUCUGGAACAUCAAAUCAGCUCUUUGGGGAUGAGCAGAUGCAGCAUGUGGAUCUAACUACAAAUUCUGAUGAAGAUUUGGAUGCUGAGGUUUCAAACGUGCCAAAUCAAAGCGAGAUAAACUAUCUCAAGUUCAUGCUGUAUCAGAAGGAGUUGGAGCUGUUUCGGCUGAAGGAACAGAUCGUGAAGGAAAAGCUUGCUUUGUCUGUCCUACAAACCAAGGCAGAGGCAGAAAUUGACAAAGCCAAAAAAGUUAUAUCUGAAAAAGAUGCAGAGUUACACGAUGCUGAAGAAAGUCUUACGGGUCUCAAAGAGGUUCAGCUCGAGUUCUGUUGCGAUGCUGAGGUUGUGGAGGUUGCUGGUAGCUUCAAUGGUUGGCAUCACCGAAUCAAACUGGAUCCUGACCUGUUGGCUAGUGCCUCAGACUAUGGUGGAUCAAGGAAAAUACGUUUUUGGUCAACAACGCUGUGGCUUUAUCCUGGCGUGUAUGAGAUAAAAUUUGUUGUUGAUGGCCACUGGAGAUUAGAUCCUCAACGGGAGUCUGUAUCAAGAGGUCACAUAUGCAACAACAUUCUAAGAGUAGAUAUAUGAAGCAUUUUAGCUGGUCACAAAAGCUACAUGUAUAUACAAAAAAUGGACUGUUGUAGGGUACAUAAAAUCAAGACACUGUUUGCUGUGAAUUUCUGAACAAUCACUGACAGCAAUAUGGACAAAAGGGGGACACAACUGACAAGCAUGCAAGAAUGAGCAGAGAAUUUUGAUCGUGUAUCUUAAUACAUACUAGCUAAACGCAGUUUGUACAUUCACUUUAGGUCUAUUAGAAAGAUUAAGACAUCACAUCAUCGCGGACUAUGCAUGAAUUUCUUAGGAACUAGGUUUAGUUUGGAAGAGUCUUAGCUCCAAUUUUAUGCGCCAUCGUCAUUGUAUCAGACUAUCAAUCAAUUAGAAGAAAAUGUA